AUGGCUCUGUAUAAGGCCUUAUAUGGGAGGAGCAGCUUUGUUAGCACAAUCAGGCAUAGGAGUUAUGAUGAUAAGAAGAUUCGUGAUCUGGCUUUUACGGAGGAUGAGAAGGUUCUUCUUCGAGUUUCGCCAAUGAAAGGCGUAAUGAGAUUUGGGAAGAAAGAAAAGUUGAGUCCUUCGUAUAUUGGUCCAUUUGAGGUGUUAGAUUCAAUGCAAUUGGAUGACAAACUUGCUUAUGAAGAAGAGCCACCGGCCAUUUUGGAUAAACAGGCCCAAUUUAGCGUUAACAGAUCAACAAAAGCUGCAAAAGACGGUGACAUGCCCAUUGAGCAGAGUGAGGAAGAAGUAGGGUCCAAUGGUGUUCAUGCAAAAGGGAGAAAGAGGACAAUGAUUAAUAUACAUUCAUUGUAA